AUGGGAGACGGAGGACAAAGGCGCAGAUGGGAGUACUGGUGUGUUGCUCUGCGUUUCUCUUUGCUGCUGUGCUUCGUGGAGCAGGUUUCGGCUCAGAUAAGGUACUCUAUUCCAGAGGAGGUGAAAGAGGGAUCCGUUGUUGGAAAUGUUGCUAAGGAUUUGGGUCUUGACGUCAGUAGUUUGGUGGAGAGGCGGUUUCGUAUCGUAUCUGGAUCUAAGGACGCUCUUUUCCAGAUAAAUCAGAACAAUGGCGUCUUGUAUGUUCAUAAGAAUAUCGACAGAGAGGAGCUCUGUGAUGGCACUGGCGUGUGCUUGAUUGACCUUAAAAUAGUCGUUGAAACCCCGCUAGAAGUCCAUUAUGUAGGUGUAGAAAUCACAGAUGUGAAUGAUAAUUCACCUAAUUUUCCAGAAAAGGAACAGCAAUUUGAGAUAGCUGAGCAUACCCCUCCAGGUACACGGUUCCAAUUACAUGCAGCUCAUGAUCCUGAUGUUGGGAUGAAUUCAGUUCAUACCUAUAAAAUAACGUCUAACGAUCAUUUUGAAAUCGAUGUGCGGCAAAGCGAUGAGGACAAAAUACCGUUUUUAGUUUUAAAGAAGUCGCUAGAUAGGGAACAAAACCACAACUACACGCUUCUCCUAACAGCGAUAGAUGGAGGUAAUCCUCAAAGAUCAGGAACUCUAAAUGUUACAAUUGUUGUUCUAGAUAGUAAUGAUAACCGUCCCGUCUUUAGUCAGGAUACAUAUAAUGUUAGGAUACAAGAAAACGUUGGAGUUGGUACAGUUGUUAUUAGAGUAAAUGCAACUGAUCCAGAUGAAGGAAGUAAUAGUGAGGUUGAGUUCAGCCUGGGUAAAACCUUAAGGAGAAAAGUCUAUGAUAUUUUUGAACUGGAUAGGCUAACUGGAGACAUUAGAGUUAAAGGUGAGGUGGACUUCGAGGACACAGAGGUGUAUAAACUAGAUGUUCAGGCCUCGGACAAAGGACAACCUCCACUGACUGUGGAAUGUAGAGUGAUCAUAAAGAUAAUCGAUAUUAAUGACAAUGAGCCAGACAUUGAUGUAACAUCCCUCUCUAAUACAGUGUCUGAAGAUUCCAAACCAGGAACUGUUAUUUCUCUCAUCAGUGUCACAGAUAAAGACUCUGGUAUUAAUGGUAAAGUGAUUUCAAGUAUAUCAGAAAAUAUACCUUUUGAUUUGAAGCCAUCAUAUAAAGAAAACGUAUAUUCUAUAGUCACAAAAGGACGUUUAGAUCGAGAACUCGUGUCCCAUUAUGACAUCACUAUAACAGCCACUGACUGUGGUCAGCCUCCUCUGUCCACAUUCAAAACUUUGAGCGUCCAGAUAUCAGAUGUGAAUGAUAACAGUCCAGAAUUCUCCAAAAAACCUCUUGAGCUGUACUUAGUGGAAAAUAAUGCCCCCGGUGCGUCCAUAUUCUCUGUAACCGCCACUGAUAAAGACUUGAACGAAAAUGCUGCUAUUUCAUAUCACACAAUCAGAGGAGAAGGGACACAGAACGAUAUGACAUCUUUUUUGAAUAUCAAUUCUGAUAACGGACUUAUUUCCGCUCUAAAAAGCUUCGAUUUUGAAACCCUCAAAACGUUCCAAUUCCAAGUUGUUGCUACAGACUCUGGAACUCCGUCACUAAGCAGCAACGUCACAAUAAACGUGUUCAUUCUGGAUCAGAACGACAACGCUCCAGUGAUCUUGUAUCCAGUCAGCGCUAACGGUUCCGCUGAAGGUGUGGAGGAGAUUCCCCGCAAUAUGAACGCAGGCCAUUUGGUGACUAAAGUGAGAGCCUAUGACGCUGAUAUAGGAUAUAACGGCUGGUUAUUAUUUUCACUGCAGGAAGUUACUGACCACAGUCUCUUUGCUUUGGACCGUUAUACAGGACAGAUAAGGACACUUCGGUCAUUCACAGAGACCGACGAGGCUGAGCAUAAACUGGUCAUACUGAUGAAAGACAAUGGGAACGUUUCACUCUCAGCAACUGCUACUGUGAUUAUCAACGUUGUGGAGCCCAAAGAGGCUUUUGCAGCUUCUGAUGUUAAAAGCGCAGUAAAAGACGAGGAGGAGAACAGCGUUACAUUUUAUUUGAUCAUCACUUUGGGUUCAGUUUCAGCACUUUUUAUCAUCAGUAUCAUCGUGUUGAUUAUAAUGCAGUGCUCCAACCCCCCAGACGAUUCCUCCAAGUAUUUACAAGAUGUGAAUUAUGACGGGACACUGUGUCACAGCAUCCAGUACAGAUCCGGAGACAAACGGUACAUGUUAGUUGGACCCAGAAUGAGUAUAGGUUCUACUAUAGUCCCGGGCAGCAAUGGGAAUACUCUAGUGGUACCUGAACACAGGAGGAGAGCUUCUGGAGAGGUAAGAACUUACCCUAACCUUUACUCUCCAUAA